AUGGCAAAUCAAUACCUUGGUUUUCGUGUCGCACCAGCGGAUGUGGCAUUUGGACUGAUGGCUGAAUAUGAAGCUGAUCCGCACCCUCGUAAAGUCUCCUUGAUUGCCGGAACAUAUCGUGAUGAAAAUGGCAGGCCUUGGAUCUUGCCUAGCGUUAAGGAGGCAAAGCAAAAUCUCAUGGCGAAUACCAGCCAUGAGUAUCUUGGUAUAGCGGGUUCGCCGAAGUUCAUCAAACUAGCAAAAUCACUCGUGUUUGGAGCGGAGCUUUCUGUUGAAAUAGAAGAUCACGUAGCAAGUAUCCAAACAGUCUCUGGCACUGGGGCAAACCACAUGGCUGCGCUGUUCCUGGCGAAAAAUCUCCGGCCAAAGCAUGUUUUGAUCCCCUCUCCAACUUGGGUCAAUCACAGGGCUAUCUGGGAUGCGGUGCAUGUUCCUAUCCUCGAGUAUCCGUAUUACUCGCCGGAGACCAAGAAAGUCGACAUCAAAGGCAUGCUUUCUGCACUGGAGGACACUGCCGAGACCGGUGAUGUGGUGGUUUUGCAAGCAUGUGCGCACAACCCCACAGGUGCAGAUCUCUCGCAGACAGAAUGGAAACAGGUGGCAGAUAUGGUGAAGCGGAAGAAGUUAUUCACAGUCUUCGACAGUGCAUAUCAAGGCUUUGCGACAGGCAACGUCGACCGAGAUGCCUGGCCUAUCCAGUACUUUGUCGAGCACAUUAUCCUUGAUAAGGAUUCCAAGUCGGGGUCUAAUAAUCACGGUCUGUGCGUCGCGCAAUCUUUCUCCAAGAAUUUUGGGCUCUACGGCGAGCGUGUGGGUGCCCUGCAUCUAGUGACGCCUCUCCACCUAUCCUCGCACGCUGUGCAGUCGGAAUUCCUCUGUAUGGCAAGGGCAGAGUAUUCAAAUCCGCCGCGAUACGGCGUGAGUAUUGUUGAGGAAGUUCUCGGUAAUGAGAGACUUCGAGCACAGUGGGAGAGGGAUUUGCUCACUAUGAGCUCCCGGAUUAGGGUAAUGCGACACGCUUUUCGACACAAGUUGGAAGAGAAUGGAGCACCUGGUGAUUGGUCGCAUAUUGAAAGCGAGAUUGGUAUGUUUAACUACACCGGGCUCAGGCGAGGCCAAGUUUCUCGCUUGCAGAGAGAGUUUCAUAUCUAUCUUCUGCCUUCGGGUCGCGUUAGUAUUUGCGGACUGACUAAAAAGAAUGUGGACUAUGUUGCAAAAGCUAUAGGGGAAGUGUUGAAGUCUGAAUCAGCUUGA